GUGAGGUGUAUAUAGAGUACCGUGCUCCAUCAGUUGACCGGCCGACCCGGAAAAUACCGCCAUGCAUAUGCAGCGUCGGAUCUUACUAUCGAGCCUAGCCUUGUGAUCGAUAUACUUCUUGAACCCAGAUAUCAGCCUAGAAAAAAAGAUUCCCUCCUCAGACACCCACCUUAACUACGCUUUGACUUUCCACUCAGUGACUCACCGCUAGCCUUCAGUAUGUCGUCAACGCCUUCUAAUAAAUUUUUACCGAGCCCAAAGACCGUUGCCAUUGUAGGAUGUCCGUUUAGCGGUGGUCAGUCGAAACUUGGCGUAGACAAAGCUCCUAUCCACCUCGUCCAGGCAGGGCUCAUCAACGAGGUCGAAGAACUCGGAUGGCGCGUCGUUUUUGACGGGCACCACCAAUUUGAGGAUAUUUCUACCCCACCCGAUGGCAUACAAGUUAAUGUCACAAGUGACCCCGCUGUUAAUACGGCAUUAGACGCAUCCAUCGCGAGAUUGAGAAGCCCUCUGCUCGUUGCACAGGUAUGCGAGAGUGUCGCAUCUGCCGUGCAGGCUCAUGCAGAGAUGGGACACCUCCCCGUCACCCUCGGCGGAGACCAUUCCCUAGCUAUGGGCACUAUCUCCGGAACCCUAAGAGCAUAUGACCAAGCUUGUGUCAUAUGGAUAGAUGCUCACGCGGAUAUCAAUACCAUCCAUUCUACCGACAGCGGAAACAUCCACGGCAUGCCCCUCUCCUUUCUCCUCAAGCUCAACCCCCCUGCCCCGUCUCCAGAUUCAGUCCUUGCAAAGUUCGACUGGGUCUCUCACCUCCCUGCUGAGCGUCUCGUCUACAUCGGAUUACGGGACGUGGACAGGGGCGAAAAAGAGAUCUUGAAGAAACACAGCAUCAAGGCGUUUAGCAUGCAUGAGGUUGAUCGCUAUGGCAUUGGCAAGGUGGUCGAAAUGGCUCUCGACCAUGUGAACCCACAAAGAGACCGUCCUAUUCACCUGAGCUUUGACGUUGACGCGCUCGACCCAAGCGUUGCGCCUAGCACGGGGACACCGGUGCGCGGUGGGCUCACCUUCCGUGAAGGACACUACAUCUGCGAGGCGAUUCACCAGACUGGGUUGCUCGUCGCGUUCGACUUGAUGGAGGUCAACCCCACGCUUGCAGAUGCUGAGAGUGUACGCCAGACCGUGACGGUGGGGUGCUCAUUGGUCCGUUCUGCUUUGGGCGAAACCCUUCUGUGAACUGCAAGACUCGUAAACUAAUUUCGAUGUGACGAUGUGAUAUGAUCUAGUGGCAGUGAGUCACAUCCACUUCUUAAACAUUUUGCACAGUGCGGUAAUACCGAAGUAAGGUGUUGAUGUAUGAUUCGAUCUCCGCGCAGACUGUUUGUGGAUUGGCAAUCAGAGACACGUGCUCGUUCACGUGCCACAUCGUUGGACGUGACAUCUCCUAUUCGUAUCGUUAACCAUGCGACUCCUGUCUGAUCUGUUCGUGUUGAUAGAUUUUUUCAAUCAAAUUAUCGAGCAUGCAAUGUCCCAUGUCAAUAGCUGUCGGCAGCAUCUGAGGAAAACGACGAGUCCUUGUGCACGAAAAAAUUCCAUGAACAGGCGCAGCUAAAGACGAAAUCGAAUCUGAAAUUCUGG